GUAAAAUGGCGUCUUCUAAUGAAGUGUCCAAAGAGAUGUUACAAAUAACAAUUAAGAAAGCUACGCCAAGUGAUAUAGGAAGGUUACCUGCGUUGAAGAAAAAUGAGUUAAUUCUUAACAGAUUGAAAGCUUUGGCUGACGAUGGACAUAAUAAUAGUGACUCAAAGUCUGACGUUUCAAUUAUUUUGGAAGGAGAAGAUUUGUCUAAUAACUAUGGUAAAAUAGUUGUAUCAAAGGCCCAGUCAAGUAUAACAGAAGAAACCAAUGUGUCAUCAACUCCACCAAAUAUUAGUUUCAGUCACAACAAAGAAGAAAUAGCCAGGUAUAUAAUAGAUGAAAUAUUUUCAAGAUGUGAUGUUUAUAACUCAAGAAAAGAAAGUAAUAACCUCAAUACAAAAUCAAUUCGUACUUCUGGUCAUUCAAAAAAUUACGACAAUACUUUGAUAGGGAAUAUGGGAAAACCUAGAAAACGAAGGUUGUCUUCAGUUGUCCCCGCACUGGAUCUCCCUAUCUCCUUACCGGAGACUAAAACUCCCGGAGAAAGCCGUCCGCGACUAGAGAAGCCAGUUCUAGAUGCACAAGUAGCAAUUAGUGCAACAAUUAUUGGAAACCAAGGAGAUAAAAAUCACGAAGAAUCACCGUCAGAUGUAAAUAUCGAAACAAAAAAGGAAAAAGAACUCUCGACAGUUGAUAGCCCUUUCGACUUGUGCUGGUGUUUUGGGUUUAACGAAGAAGUGCCUGUUGUCAACCUCUCAGACGACGAGUCAUCCCAAGUGGUAUUCGCGAACUCUACGUACGCAGUGAUCUAUGACUUCCAUGAGAAUUCUAUGUUGUUCUUGCAGGGUCAUAUGAACACAGUGAGCUGCGUGUCUUCCAAUUCUUUGGGUAAAUUAGUAGUCACAGCAGACUCUGGUUGGGACAUUGGAACCUCCAGAGUGAUCGUGUGGGACAGACGUCCAUGUGUACUGCAGGUUCUUGAUAAUGUCCAUCCAUAUGGCUGCCAACACGUGGCGCUUAGUACCAAGGGUGAUUUUAUAGUCACCGUCUCCGCCAACGAGAACCCUGCCUGCAUCAACAUUUGGGAAUGGAUGAGAGAUAGCAAAGCUCCUGCGGCUACGGUGAGCGUAAAAGAAUCUUUAGGAAGUGUUAAACGUCUCACAAUACGCUCUGCUUCAAAUGGUGAGUUCGCCUUAACAUAUGAUAGAUGUGUUGUGUUUGUUCAGGUAAUAUGGCAAACGAUAUUUCAAGAUAAUUUGGAGGCAGUUAGAGUAAAAGAAAAGAUAAUUGACUGUGAGUCCGACAUUUGUGCAGUCACUGCACCCAAGAUUGGAGCUUUGACAGACACUACGUUUGUAGAAGACAACGGAACUGUCGCGUUCUCUUCUACGUGUAAAGGUUAUGUGAUAGUAUGGGAAAAUAAUUUGAACCAACAAGCUACAAGAAUUUAUAGAAAGUAUGUCCGGCUACACCUAGAUUGCAUAUCCAGUAUUCAGGUAGUUGAUGAAAAAAUCGCUGUCGCUACAGUUUCAGGCAAUGUAAGCUUUUAUGAUUUUGAACUUAAAAUUUUGUUCAGCCACAAACUUUUUAGUGAACGUGUGGCGUCUGUUUCCUUUAAUUUAAGCCCUCAAUACCUUGGCGUUACAAAGUGCCAAGAGCAUAUGAGUUGUGCCAAUACGUGGAAAAGAGAACCGAGGGAACUUGAGGAUGCGACUCUUGAGGGAGAACCUUUCUCGGUUCGUCACUUCAUAGUUAGCACCGAAAGUGGAAGAAUGGCGUACGUAAACGCAUCAUGUGGAACACCCAAAUAUUUGUCUUUCCCUAGUAAAGAGCAAUUUACUGCUCUGGACAUAUCUCCAAACAGUAAUUACCUGUUUGUUGGCACGGCUUCUGGUAAGUGCAUAUUAUUUGACGUAAAUCAACGUAAAGUCAAAGUCACUAAACAAAUUAGUGACAACUCCCACAUUCACCAAGAUGUUUCAUGCAUAAAAUACUCGCCUUCAGGGUACAUCGUAGGUUGCGGAAUGCGUUCAGGCAACAUUUGGCUCCUGGACCCAGUCAUGCUUACUCCGAUAUUGAACUCUCCGUUGAUAGAUUGCAACGGUUGUAUAACACAUAUGGCAUUUACCUCUGACUCGGAAUAUCUCAUUGUUUCCGAUGAUAGUUUUUGUAUUUCAGUAUUUUUCAUUGGCGAACAACCCUUAUUAGUCAGACAAUACGUUGCUCAUUACAAACCGAUUGUUGCAUUGAACGUUGAAGCCAACGAAGGGGAUAAGGAAAUCAAGGUUUCAACGUUGAGCUCCGAUCGCAGUAUUUGUCAAUUUCUGCUCGACAGAGAGAAAAGGUCCUUUGAAUUUAUACUUCAUCAGCAAGUAGAGCAGACAGCAGUGCCGAUGUAUAGUGUGUAUUACCCUAGUCAGUACUCCUCUGAAGGGACCUACCUCGGGGUGAACAGUAAUUGUAAGUUCAAGGUCCACGACAACCCUUCCUUCAAUCCUGCUAAAGGCAGAUCGUACAGACGGUGCAGGGGCACGUUUCAAGCUCCUGAUUUCGGUUCUCCCAUAAACUACUUGGAAGUAUUUGGUGAUGAAUCUAAACCUUAUUUAUUUUUCAAAACGACGAAUCACAUAGGACUUCACGUUUUUCCGAUUGAUGGAAAUCCGUUCGGAGCUCUAGGCUUCAAAGCCAGUGCUACAGCCUUGACAUGUUCAAAAGUAUCACCAAAUGGGAAAUACGUGUUCACAAUAUCAGAGUAUUGCAGUGGCAUCAGUAUGUGGAGAAUAAACACUCGCGCGGUCGAUAACUUCUACAAGAGCGGCGGGGAAGGUCUAGAGCCUUUUUUGAAAGUAUUGGGCGAAGAAAAGGAACAAGAAAUUCGUGAAUUCUUCGAUCUCGGACAAUUCCUCCAUCAAGGAGAACGCCCUAGUUUGGUGCGAACCCUGCAAGACUCACUUCCGAUUUGUGAAAUGGCUAAUGUCCUCCAAGCUUUGGGAUGCAUGCUGACAAGGUAUGACAUUUACGAACUAAUACAUGAAGUGUUAAGUUCAGAGAACUAUGAGGGUUACAUCGAAUAUGAUAGUUUUGUCAGAUUGUACAUAAAUUAUCGAAAACACAACAAACUCGACCUGAGGGAUUUGCGGAAAGCAUUUCGUGAUUUCCACGCAGGCGUAUACACAGCACCUUGCUGUAUCAAUGACGUUGACCCUGUGUUCGACUCCUCGUCUUUAAUCGGGAAGCUCCUAGCGACUGGAGAAGAAAUGACUCAUGCAGAACUGUACGCAGACUUCAGCAUUCUGACAGGAGGACAGCCCGAUCCUCCUGAGGAAGAGUAUAUGAUGUAUCAAGCCCCACCAACUAUGCCUAAAGAAAUUACAUUCAAAACGUUUGUAAAAGACAUUUUAGGAUUUCCAGUAGAUGACACAAUGUUUAAAGAAUAAAUUACAAAUUUCGUAAGAAAUAUUGAUUUUGACUAUUUAUACGGACAACAAUUUAA